AUGAACACCGAGUCUCGACUGAAUAUGAACACCGAGUCUCGACUGAAUAUGAACACCGAGUCUCGACUGAAUAUGAACACCGAGUCACGACUGAAUAUGAGCACCGAGUCUCGACUGACUAUGAACACCGAGACUCGACUGAAUAUGAACACCGAGUCUCGACUGAUUAUGAACACCAAGUCUCGACUGAGUAUGAACACCGAGUCUCGACUGAUUAUGAACACCGAGUCUCCACUGAAUAUGAACACCGAGUCUCGACUGAAUAUGAAAACAGAGUUUCGACUGAAUAUGAAUACCGAGUCUCGACUGAAUAUGAACACCGAGUCUCGACUGAAUAUGAACACCGAGUCUCGACCGAAUAUGAACACCAAGUCUCGACUGAAAAUGAACACCGAGUCUCGACUGAAUAUGAACACCGAGUGUCGACUGAAUAUGAACACCGAUUCUCGACUGAAUAUGAACACCGGGUCUCGACUGAAUAUGAACACCGAGUCUCGACUGAAUAUGAACACCGAGUCUAGACUGAAUAUGAACACCGAGUCUCGACUGAAUAUGAACACCGAGUCUCCACUGAAUAUGAACACCGAGUCUCCACUGAAUAUGAACACCGAGUCUCGACUGAAUAUUAACACCGAGUCUCGACUGAAUAUAAACACCGAGUCUCGACUGAAUUUGAACAUCGAGUCUCGACUGAAUAUGAACACCGAGUCUCGACCGAAAAUGAACACCGAGUCUCGACCGAAUAUGAACACCGAGUCUCGACCGAAUAUGAACACCGAGUCUUGA